CCGGGCCAGGGGCGGGCGGUUGGUAACGCUCGGUCAGCAGUUCUCGGGAGAUGUUCACCAGGCAGACUUAAUCUUCGAUUCUUGAUGGGAAAGAUUAAUCGGGCAACGCGAUAACGACGACACAUCGCCGUUGGUCACACCAUAAUUAUUAUUAAUCAUUAUUACUUACACACACCCUCGACGACCGACGACAUGGAUCAAAACGCGCAGGCGCACUCUCAGAGUGAAAGUGGAUCAAGUCCUCGCGGUGUUCCUAAUUCGAAUUCAAAUUAAAGUUCAAACUUUCCGUUUGUCGGUGAAAUCGAACGCAUUUAAGUACGCUACGCCAGCAGAUUCAAAUAAAGUAGCAAUCGACCGUAUGGGGGAAAGGCAAAACGUUUCCCUCCGUUUUUUAGAGCCUGAAUCUCAAAUCUAGAGCGAAGUAGACGCCACAAAGAAGGGCGUGAGGGCCGGACGAACGUUCGAAAUUUAAAUUCACGCGCGAAAAUCGCGGUUAACCUUUAAACAUGCUGUGGUCGGAUCCGGACGAGGAAGAGGAGGCUCUGCUUUGCAGCCCUGCGCUGAUGGCACGGAGGGCAUCCGAAUCGUGGAUAGUCGCUCCUCCCGUUGAGGCGAUGCCGGUAACCGCAAUGCCUCUGCAACGUAAGAAAUCACUACCAGACGUUGCCCAGCCAAUUCAACUCACCGCAAGCUCGCCUCUGUCACGGGAAGAAGUGAGCGUCCUCAGCAGCGCGCGUCGCGAAGAAAUCAGGAGACAGAUUGACGAGGGCGAGAGGCUCAGGGCCAACCCCUUACUUUACCUCGUCAGCCCCCAGGUUAAAGAUUGGUUUUCUCGUCAACAGUUGGUGAUGCUGGUACUUUUCAUCAACAUAUCUCUUGCCCUGAUGUUCUUCAAAUUGUUGACGUAGCAGACGGGUGGUGAUUUCUUGACCGGCAAAAACGAAAGAAUAACGAAAGAAAAAACUAAGAAAGCACUCGACACCAGCAACGUCAUCGUAAUCAUAAUCAUCAUCGUGAUAAUUAUCAUCCACAUUCAUACGAUAAUAAUAAUGUCUAUAAUGAUACAAUAAUAUUAAUAGUAAUAAAAUGCUGCCGUACGAAAAGAAUUGUAAAAAAAAAAAAACAUCGGCUGUGAGGAUUUUCACAUCGCAAAAAUUAUUAAAUUAUAUAAUCGUGAAAACAAGACAGAAACGAUUGCAGCGAGAAUCGAGGAACAGGAAUAGGAGUUUAUCGACAAAAUGCGACGAUGCAAUUUUGAAAUUCCGAAUAAAAAAGAAGCCGGGAGCUGCGAAUAAGGGUUGGACCGAAAUCUAGGGAGCGAAAGCGAUACGUGCGAACACAGCUGCAAUUGCGCAUCCGUGCAAACGAUUACAAUACCGGUUAUGUUAUUAUACGGUAAACUAUGUGUACCUUAUAAUUUUUUUUUGUUGUAUGUGUACUAUGGAUGUGCACUAUCGAGGAAGAGGAAGAAAAUUAUGCGGACGUAGAAUCGCGUUUGAUUCUCCUACACAGUGAAAU